CCUACCCGUCUCUUCGCACACCCUUUGAAUGCUCUCCCUCCCCAUCCCUUUCCCCGCCGCCCCUCCCUCAUCCCCUUUUAAAUCCCAACACCACCCCUCCUAACCCUCCUCCAACCCCUCACCCUCUUCCUCUUCUCGUUCUACGCCUCUCUCAAGCUCCCAAAUUAAGUUUGCAAAAGCUCUUCCAAGAAUGGCACCGGAAUCUUUCCAGCACGGCUCGAAGGCCGUCUGCGUCAUGGACGCGUCGGGCCGCCUCGGCGUGUCGCUCGUCGAGAGGCUCCUGCAGAGAGGAUACAUCGUCCACGCCGCGACUUGCGAUCAUGGGGAUGAAUUGCUUGGCUCGAAGGUGUUGUCGUGCGAUAACAAGCGGCUCAAGGUGUUCCGAACGGACCCCUUCGACUACCAAAGCAUCGUCGACGCCAUGAAAGGAUGCGCCGGCCUCUUCUACACCUUUGAGCCUCCGCAAGAUCAAUCUAACUAUGAUGAAUUCAUGGUGGAGGAGGAGGUGAGAGCAGCACACAAUGUGUUGGAAGCCUGCGCUCAAACGGAGACCAUAGAACGGGUGGUGUUCACAUCAUCUGUGACUGCAGUUGUAUGGAAAGAGAAUCGCAAAUUAGCUGCAGACUUUGAUGAGAGGGAUUGGAGCGAGCCUAAUUUCUGUCGAAAAUUCAAGCUGUGGCACGGGCUGGCGAAGACGCUAGCGGAGAAGACGGCGUGGGCGCUGGCGAUGGACCGGGGCGUGGACAUGGUGUCGGUCAACGCCGGGCUGAUGGUGGGCCCGGACACAUCGUUGACCAGCCCCCACCUCAAGGGCGCCCCGGAGAUGUACGAGGACGGCGUCCUGGUCACCGUCGACGUCAACUUACUCGCCGACGCCCACAUCGCCGUCUUCGAGACCCCCUCCGCCUACGGCCGCUACCUCUGCUUCAACCGCGCCGUCUGUCGCCCCGACGACGCCGUCAAGCUCGCCCAGUUGCUUUCCCCCUCUUCGCCCUGCACUUCCCCGAGUGACGAGUUGAGGGUGAUCCAGCAGCGGAUCCAGAACAAGAAGCUGAACAAGUUGAUGGUGGAAGUCGCCGCAGGGAGGCAGGUGGACGGAUAGGAGCCGUAUACUAGAGUUGGGAUCGAUUACUAAUAGAUGGCCAUUUAAUAAUAGAUGGAGACAUCACGUUAAUAGGUUCUUCUGUCACUAUUGUUAUCGAUGGUUAAAGAAAAGGAAGUGUGGUGCAGUAUAAGGUUGAUUUGAUUGGAUAAACGGUGCAAUAUUGGAAAUGGCCGAGGAGAUGGCUGCCUGUAUUUAGUGGCGUGUGAGAAAGGUUGAGCCAAGUGGCUUGUUUCUUUGAUUCCUUUUUUUUCAGGAAAAAAAAAAAACAUGAUUGUUGGUACGAAAUGAAUCAGAGGCAGGCUUGGACGGAACAAAUGAGAAUGGCUGGAAAUUUUUCCUUUUGUGACUUGUCUUUGUUCGAUUAAUUUUUACGAUUAUCAUGUAUCAUAUGAUUGCGAAAUUUAACCAAACUUGACUAGAAACAAUUUGCCACUCA